UUAACUAUUACAAUGUUGGUAUCAGUUACUAGUUGAGUAAUGUUUGUUACGUGUUGAGUGUUAAGUAGAAGUAGAGUAAACGUAAAGUGGGCUAGUUAGAUCAGGUUAGGGACCAGGUUGACAACUCAUUCGAUAGUUAAUAAUCUGUUUAUCCUUUCAGUCCUGGAAGUAAAGAUUGUGAGUAAAAAUGUCAUUUGGAAGUGAAUGGAAUCACAUGUAUCAGGAAACAAAACACCAGAAACCUAAUUUUACGUCAACCUUCGGUUUAUUAACUCAUCUUGAAGUUGAUGAACUAAGAGCCUACUUGAAUGAUGAUGACAAAUUUGAAAGUAUCGUGAAGGAUGUAAAGGAGCUAAAGGACAUUGAAACUGAGAAAGAAAUUGUGAUGGCUAGUAAUCGUUCCUUGGCAGAAUUUAACCUGUCCAAGGAACCUCAUUUCAACAAAAGGAAGCAAGAAAUUCAACAGCUUAGUGAAGAAGGGGAACACAUUUUUAAUAGCAUUGAAGCUAAAUCAAAAGAGCUAAAUAAUAAAGGUCCGAACCAAAGCUUAGAAACAACACUAGCUUUAUUGCAAACUGCAGCAGCUGAGAUGGAAGAAGAGUCAGAGGAGUUGGCGAAGAAGUUCUUGGAUGGUUCAUUGGAUAUUGAUGGAUUUCUUGAGCAAUUCUCUUCACGUCGUAAACUUAUGCAUCUUAGAAGAGUGAAAGCUGACAAAAUGACAGAAAUGGUCCGCAAAAGAUCCUCGAUAUCUCAGGCUAGUCGUAGUUCUGGCUCAAAUUUCUACUUGCCUCCUCCACAGUUGGCUCCUUAUCCUUCUGUUACACCUAUGCCAAUGCCAAAUAUGUAUGUCACUUCUAACCACUUUGGUUGAUAUUAAGUUAGUACUUUUGUAUAUGAAUGUACAUAUCCCACAAAUAUGUUGCUUUGAAUAUCCUUUUGUAAUUUCUUUCUGUAAUAUAAGCUUUAAAAACUGAUAAUUUAGAACAAUACUGGGGAAUAUCAUCAAUGUUUGUAUAUUAUUUAAUCUAGAUAACUAACUCAAGUAGAAAGCAUCCAAAAUACGCUCCUGGCCAAAAGUUUUGCACCAACCUAAAUAAUUUAGAAUUAAGAUAAUGGAGGAGCUGUUAUCAUUUUGUCAAAACACUAACUAAUGAUCGUCCUCUAAAGGACAUGAUCUACUACUUCUUCAACAAACAUCUUUCUUAUCAUAUUUUCUGUUUGUUAUCUAAUAUAGAGUCCAAAUUCCAAAUGAACGUCAUUUUUACAAUUUCCAUCAUAUCUUACUUUCUAUUCUUCUUAACAGGCUUCUAUUGUAAGGAACUCUAUUCAUGUUUGCAACCAAUAAACUGUACAGUUAUAAGACUAACAUGAAUGUCACCGUCGAACAUAGGUUAAUUUAGGCCACAAAAUUUAUUUAAUGGAUUGUUAUGUUUACAAACCAAAUUCUAAACAAAAAUACAUUAAUUUAAUCUCUAAAUAUGAUAUUUGAUGUGUUAAAUAAUCAAAAAGGUUACUUAAAAAAUUGUUACGUUAGAUAUAUUACAAAAAUUAGGCAGAAUUUCUUUUUCAAAUAGGCCACUAUUGUGGUAUUCCAGACCAAAAAUCUGAGAGCUAACAUUAAAAGGGAAACAUUGUCCUGUUCUGAGAGACAUUUAAAAAUAUAAAUUUCAAACUUUUAAGCAAUUCCACAAUAUUUUCAAUAUGGCGUCAAUUUUGUUUUUCUUAUGAAUAAACCUAUAUUUAUUAUUAUUUUAGAUAGAAAAAUCAAAUUUAAGACUUUUACUCUUGUCACUGUUUAAAAUUCCUUUAAUAACGGAGAUAUAUGAGGUCAAAGUGUUAUGAUGUCUUGUGGAUUUCUACUUCAUCAUCCUCAUUUGACAGACUUAUUUUGUCGUUGGUUUCUUAAUCCUUUUGUAUACUGCUCAUAAAUGGAUCUGAGCUUAAGAGUAGUCUAUUAUAGAUGUCCUCUUUGCAACCUUCCCUUGUGAACUUGAGCAUAAUUUAGGUGAUAUAACCAGAAAUGUUUAAUCUGGGUUUCUGCUGCCUCUUCUGAUACUUGUCCUUUCAGGCAGCAAGGCAUAUUCUACAAUAAUCCUACCAUGACUCAGGUUUUUGUGCAUGUUGGACUCAUGAGAUCUUAUCCAUACAAAUAAACAUAGAGCUUUGAUGUUUAUAAUUUGGGAUAAAAUAGCUUUUGUAAUUUAUUUUUUUUAAUCUCUAUUUCGUCAGUAAGAAAUGAAGGAAAGAAGUUCAUAUUAACCUUAGUUAACAAAUAUUUACUAAAUUUAAUGUACAAAAACAUUAUUGAUGCAAAACUUUUGUCCAGAAGUGUAUUAACUAGAUCAUUCCUUUUGAUUCACAUUAUAUUGAGUUAAAAACUGAUUAUCAAUUUUAUUAUAAUAAGAUAAUUUAUAACAAGUAAGCUUGUUUAAAUGAUAACUAAUACAGUUUUUAUAAUUUUUACACUUAAGCUUACUUUUUACACUGCUUAAGCCAGAUUCCAAAGAUUGUGCUGGAGCAGUUUCUUUGUUUUUAUCAGACAAUUUAGGUUAUGUAGAUAUCAGUAAUACUGCUACUAUACACGAUGAUUAUUGUUAUUUUAAGUUCACUUUUGAGGUUGAUUUUAGUAAGUUAUAUAUGUGGUAAGGGAAAUUUAUAUGAAACUCUGAAACCAAAUGUGUAAUUAAGACUAUUUAUAUAUAUUUUGGUGCUCAUAUACGAGUUCAAACCUGUAUGGAAACAUUCUUGAAAUUCCUAAUAGUUUUAUUUAUUAACAAUUAUACAAUGUGGAUAUUGUAAAUUUUGGAAAUAUUUUGUCAACUACACAUAACACAUUUGCAAAAUACACUCAUAGUGAUACAGGGAAUAUCAACUGCUGCCUGUGUAAUAACACAGGCUCAGAAAGAUUCUUAUCACUAAUAAUGUAGUAUCCUAUAAUAGGUUUUUACAUAUAAGUAAACCAAACUAUAGUAUUAACAAUUAUUAAAGUAAAAAUUUUCUAACUUUUUUGUUGACACAACAAAAACACACAUUUAUCAUACGAGAAAUUAAAGAAAGCUGGAUAAAAAUGUAGAGAAGUAAACAGGUAGUUGGAGGAAAUAAUAAUUAGUUUUAAGUGUCAAGACAUACAAAUUAGAUUAAAAUUUUAAUGUCUCAAUAAUUUUUAGAAAAGAAAUACUGAAGUAGAUGAUAAUUACUGUAAUACCGCCAUUAUUUAUCUAUCUUUUUGGUGUCAAAUUAUGAUAAUUGCAAGCAAUCUGAGAGAAAUCCAUAGAAGAUGAAAUAUGCAAACAUAAGUAAUAAGUAUAGGAGUGGAUGGGUUUAUUUAUUAAGAAUAUUUGUGUUUAUACAUGUAUGUCUAAAUCUAGAUGUUUCAUGGACUUUAUUUUCAAUAAAACAAACCAAUACAACAGAG